GUUCAGCUCCCACGGCUGCGCCUGGAGCCCAGGGGAACCCCUCCACCCCGAGGCCCUGCAGCGCUUGGUGGUCCUGACCCACGGCCACGGCCAGGAGUGCGGCUUCGUCCCCGACGUGAAGACCCCGGUGCCCCACGGCUCCUCCCAAUUGGUUUGGGAGUGCGUGGCCGGGCACAGCUUCUCCUGGGGGGUCCCUGGGACCCCCAAAAUGGGUCCCCCCCAGCCCCCCCACCAGCAUGAGGGGGAUGAUGUGGGGUGCGGGUCCCCCCCAGUCGCCAGGCGCCGGCGCUCGGCCACGAAGGGCGGAGGUGAAGCUCGGUCACCCGAGGGCGAUGGAGACCAAGGGGGAGAAGAGGGAGGUGAUGAUGGAGGUGGUGGCACAG